AAAACCAGACAAUGUCCUGUGUUUCAAAUGUACUGCACUAGGAGUGGCACAUGAACUAGCGGACUGCUGGAAUCAGAAUGCAGAGACAAUGAAAUACUACGGACUGAAGCAAGAGAUGUAUUCAUCACUGGAUUGACAGUGCCACAUGUAUGAGAAUCGUUCAAUCAUGACAACAGGAAAACUUUAGCAAAGGACAAGUCUAGGUGUACCUGGUCACGGUUGAUAUCACCUCAAUAAAAGAACAAACCCAGCCAUGGAUGACAUAUCAACUAGUAUUGCAAGACUAUCAGGGGACCAUAAUGAAUGUGAUAUAAGUAAAAUCAUUGUGGAAAAAGAUUCUGACCUCGACCAUCUUGUUUCACUAGCAGAUGACGACCAGCUGGAAUCAGAACUGAAACAAUAUUCAAAAUAUGAUGUAAAAUCUCAAUACACCAGUGUGGGGUCAUUCAAUAUUGACAUUGGAUCAAAUCAAUUUCAAGCUGAUGAUCGAUUGAGUAUGUUAAAUAGAUCAAUUGAUGAUAAAACAGUUAAUAACAUUGAUGCUGUGAUGAAUGGAGAUGCUGCGAUUCUCUCAAAGCCUUACACAACAUUGAAAAAUGGAUCAAAAUUAUAUUGUGAUCAGAAUGGUGAUUUUGGUGACGAAAGGCAGUCAGAUACUUCUGAUUACCUAGAGGAUGAGUCAGAGGAGGAAUCAGAGGAUGUGGAGACAGAAAAGGAUAACAAUGAGGUGGUAGAUGACAGGGGAGAUGAUAAAGAAAAUGAUAUUGGUGGAAAAGAUGGCAUUGAGAUGGUAGAUAAAAGUGAAGGUGACGAUGAAAAUGUAGAUAAAAGUGAAGAUGACGAUGAAAAUGUAGAUGGAAAUGAUGAUAAGUACAAUGAGACAGUAGAUGAUGGUACAAACGAGUUAACAUCAGAAUCUGAUGUUGAGGAGGAUGAAGAGACCAGUGCUACAGACAUGUAUAUGGUGUUUACAGAUGUCGAGGAGCAGGAAGGAAUCCUAUCUCCAUCAAUAAUCAGAGGCGAACCUCUGAUGGAGAUAUCUCCAUCACUGAUAGAGGGACCAGAGGGUGUAACAAACUCUACUACUGGUAACAAGUGUAGUCCAAACAAUGGGGAGGUAUUGGAGUCAACAGACGAAGAAUUGUGCAUACCUAUAUCUAGGGAUGAGGUAUGUGGGAAUGUUCUUCAGACUGAUGAGGACAUAGAGAAGUCACAAGUAAGUGUUUUAUCACCUAUGGAGGACCGAUACAAUAACUGUGAUGAGUGUGGCAAGUCCUUCAGUACAAAGAAGCAGUUGAAACGCCAUCUCCGUACACACACUGGAGUAAAGCCAUACAGCUGUGGGGUGUGUAAAAAAGGCUUCUUAGAAUCAGCCAAGCUGUGGCGACAUCUCAAAAUACACAACGACUCUGGCAUCAAACAUUUCAGAUGUGGUAUUUGUGGUAAAGGAUUCACCGAACUGAGAAGUCAACAGCAACAUGAGAAGCUCCACACGGGGGAGACACCCUACAGAUGUGAGGUCUGUGGUAAGGGAUUUAUAAGGGCUGGACAUCUUCAGCGUCAUUUUAUGAUUCACACUGGAGAGAAACCAUUCAAGUGUGAAAUCUGUGGCAAAGGUUUCAAUGUGGCUGGAAACCUUCUACGCCACAUGCGCGUUCAUACAAUGGAGAAAUCAUUUAAAUGUGAGACAUGUGGGAAAGCCUACAGGGAUGAGGGGGACCUACAGCAGCAUGUGAAAGUUCAUGAGGGGGAGAAGGCAUUUAACUGUGAGAAGUGUGGCAAAGGCUUCGACAAGGCACGAUAUCUACAAUGUCAUCUAAAGAUUCAUCUCGGUAUCAAACCAUAUGAGUGUAAUUUCUGUCAGAAAUGUUUUAGUAAAGCAGAUCAUCUUGAAAGACAUCUGACCACACAUAACCCAAGUAAGGACAGGCCACACAAAUGUGAUACAUGUGGGAAAAGGUUUGGGAAAGUUGACAGUUUGAAGUCACAUCAGAGAAUGCAUACAGAUAAUAAACCAUUUAAAUGCAAUGCAUGUGAAAAAGAGUUUAUUUUCUCUGGAGAUCUACAGAUACACUUACGUACGCACACAGGUGAAAAACCAUAUAGAUGUGAACUCUGUGGUAAAGAUUUCAGUCAAGCUGGAACACUCAAACGUCACGAACGCAUACACACAGGUGAAAAACCGUACAAGUGUGAUAUCUGUGAGAAAAUGUUUGCUAAAUCUGGGGAUGUAGAAAGGCAUAUAAGAACUCAUACUGGUGAAAAACCGUACACAUGUGAUGUGUGUGGUAAGACGUUUAGUCAGGCGGGGACGCUCGGAAGGCAUCAGUGGAUACAUACAGGGGAAAAACCGUACAAGUGUGAUGUGUGUAAUAAAGGUUUUAUCAAGUCAGCUGAUUUAAUUCGACACAUGACCACACACACAGGCGACAAACCGUUCAAAUGUGAUGUCUGUGGUAAGGGUUUGAGUGAUCAGGUCACUUACACUGCACACAUGAAGUUACAUUCAGAAACAAAACCCUACAAAUGUGAUAUUUGUGGUAAAGGCUUUACUGAAGCCUGUACCCUACAGGUUCAUCUCCGUACCCACACCGGGGAAAAACCCUACAAAUGUGACGUCUGUGGUAAAGGCUUCAACCAAGCAGGUACUGUACAGCGACACAUGGUUAUACAUACAGGUGAAAAACCCCACAAGUGUGAGAUCUGUGAUCGUACCUUCAGUAAAGUUUGGGACUUGCGACGACAUAUAAGGACACAUACAGGAGAAAAACCAUACAAGUGUGAAAUCUGUGGUAAAGGAUUUAAUCAGGCAGGCACUCUUCAGAUCCACUCAAGGAUACACACAGGGGAGAAACCUUACGAAUGUACAAUCUGUGAGAAAGGUUUCACUGAGGCUGGUCACUUAAGGACCCACAUGCGUAUCCAUUCAGGGGUGAAACCAUACAGCUGUGACAUUUGUGGUAAGGGCUUCAUAGGGUCAGGUAGUUUGAAGAAACAUGUUCGAAUACACACGGGAGAAAGACCAUGUAAAUGUGAAGUGUGUGGAAAGUCUUUCAGCCAGACCGGAACUCUACAGUCUCAUCUCCGAACCCAUACUGGAGAGAAACCUUAUGUAUGUCAGGUGUGUGGGAAGGGUUUCCGUGUCAGGGGCACAUUACGACGACACAGGACUACACAUACUAAAGAACAACUAGAGUCUGCCGAGGGGACUGACAAAGAAUGUGUUAAACAUGAUGUGCUACAAUUGAUAUUCCUACAACAGGAGACAUCACUGAAAGGUUAAGAAGGGGAGGUAACUUGAUCACAACAAUCAGAGGGUGGAGGGUAUUGUAUAAAAUCAGAGUCAGGGGAGAUCACUCUGUCCAAAAAAACUGAAUCAAUGGAAGACACUCACUUUACGGAUACAAAAUCAUAGUUACUGGGACAUAAUUAUUUCUGAAGGGAAGUGUUUAAAAUUAUAAGCUACACAAUUGUUAACCCUAAUGAAAUCAUAUUAAAUUUUACAAAUGAAGACAAACAUUUGACCAAUAGCCCGAAUUCCUACUUGCAACAUAAAGAAAUAACAACAGUCUAUACACUACAGUUUUGUUUCACAUUCAAGAUUAUUGUGAUGAUAAAGGUGGACGCUACAAGUAUAGUCUGAUAUAUUGGUUAUUGUUAGGAUUAAUCUGAUUGAAAUUAGGAUCCUAAAUCUUGCACCGCUGCUCUGUAUAAAAAGUAUCUUUACACACUGUCCUACAUAGUGCCAUACUGUCCUAAAUAGUUACAUACUGUCUUAUAU